AUGGAUCGCGCCGAACCUGCUGAGUCUCUGGUUCCUGGCCGGCUGGUUGUCCUUACGGCGCAUCUGGCCAACGCCGCUGUUUCCUCUGCCAAUUUUUCUCCUUCCCUGUGGCGGUCGCCGGUUUCCGCUCAGACGAUCCCGCGGCCUCCGGGUAGCUUGGGUGGUGCCCUGACGGUUGUCGAUGGCAGGACAGGGAAGAAGUACGAGCUUCUGGUCUCUGAGGAAGGGACCGUUAGGGCUACCGAUCUGAAGAAGGUGAUUAUACGGCUCUUGGGAACUCAAUUAUCUGAACUUUCCCGUCAGCCAUUAUAUUUAUGUGUUGGGAAUUAUUAUUAUUAUUAUUUAUGAGGCAACCCCUAAAAUUUCCUUUUUGAUCUUGUCUUUGUGGACGGAUGUGAAUGUAUGGACUAUGACUGGAUUAGCUUGAUUUUGUAUCCAUCUGUGUUUGUACAUUCCUCGUCAUUGCUGUUUUGGUUUGUUUUACGUCAUGUAUUUAGUACCUGUAAAGACAAGUUUAGUUUUCAUGCGAUAAUGUUACUGUUGAGAAGAUAAUGCGUUCUGUCGCAACAACAUUUUUGACUGGCUAAGGAAGGAAAACAGAUUGGCAUUUAAUUAUACCAUUUAUUUUUUUGGAUAUUUACCUUCUUAUCUGUACAAGCUUGCAUUGACAUUUUGUUUAAUGCGCAUUUUAACUGGUGCCAUCGUUUUCUAGAUAACCACUGGUAAAGAUGACAAGGGGAUCAAGCUUUAUGACCCGGGUUAUCUUAAUACUGCUCCUGUCCGUUCAUCCAUAUCCUACAUUGACGGAGAUGAGGGUAUCCUUAGGUACAGGGGUUACCCAAUCGAGGAGUUGGCUGAAAACAGCACAUUUGUUGAAGUGGCCUACCUUUUAAGUGAGUCCUCUCAGUCAGAUUCACAUUGAAAAAGUUCUAUAGUCCUCAUAAUAGUUCCGCCAUUUUCUAUACCCAGUGUAUGGCACUUUACCUUCUCAAAGCCAGCUAGCCGAUUGGGAAUUUGCCAUUUCGCAGCAUUCUGCAGUUCCUCAGGGUGUUCUGGUGAGUUCUUCCUUCUCCAUUAGUAUUGUCACGCUGUUAGUCUUGUUCUAGUAUUUACAUCGUUGAAAGGGCUAGAACUAGUUGCGCUGUGUCUAUUACUGAUCCAGUAUUUUCCCAUCAUUUAUACCAUUGAUCUUGUGGAAGAUACAGUUGUGCUCCGUUAUUUUGUUAAUGUCGUCUUGCUUACCUGCAAUGCCCGAUUAAUUUCAUGUGCUGAGUCUUGCUGGCUUCUCCUCUUUUAGGAUAUUAUACAAGCAAUGCCUCAUGAUGCACAUCCAAUGGGUGUACUUGUUAGCGCAAUGAGUGCUCUGUCUGUGUUCCAUCCAGAUGCUAAUCCUGCUCUCAGAGUAAGUUUCACCAUCUACUAAUAAAAUACUAGACUGGCACCUAUGGCAAUAUAACCAAUAUCUAUGUAGAAACAAUAAACUCACCUAUGGCAAUAGAAACAUGCAAAAACAGAUUUUUCGUCAAUGAGCAUUCCUCCUUGCUUAAAUAUUUGAUAAACCCCAUGAUCAUCAAGGAAAAAAAUUCAGAGAAAGAACAUGAAAAAUAUAAAGCCACUUUUUAGUCUGUUGUGUUGAAUAUGAUGUUUUCUAUGUUGCGGAAGGUAGAUGUAGCUCAGAGUAAUUCAAUUUAGUACAUGUUUUCUAUGUUGUCAUUGUCUGCAUUAAUUCCCAUGUCCAACUUUUCUAUGGUGGUGUUUUGUAACUUAUUCAGAGCAUAUGACCUCGUGUGUCUUCUGCAACUUGGCAUUCUCUGCUGAAACUGCCAGAAACGAAAAAUCGUCAUUCAUUGGAUUUGGUCAAUUUUUGUCUUCGCAGUCUGGCUUGUACAAACUUCUUUUGAGUCAUUUUUUUACUCUUUUCAUUCAUGAGCUAGGCAUUCAUCUAUUAUUAAGUGCUGGUUAUCUUUAGUCAAUUAUGCUUGCCAGCAAUAUGAAUCCUUGUGUAACCGUUUAAUCUUCAACACACUGACGUAUUAAGCUAGUUAAUAGGUGUUGACGAAUAAUCCUAUAAAUAACUCUUCAAAUGGUCGGAUGAAACAGCUCAAGAUAAGUUUCAUAUUGAUCUAUUUUGCCAUGCAGGGUCAGGAUCUCUAUAAAUCAAAGCAAGUGAGAGAUAAACAGAUAGUACGUAUUCUUGGUAAGGUAUGUUUGCAAGGAUCAUUCCUUAAAUUUUUUAUAUCAUCAUGAUAUAACAGUCGUAAUGUGAAUACCCUCGUAAUGUGAAGCUUGUGGAUAAUUAAGAUUUCUAAAAAAAUUAGGUAAGUCUCUUUCUGUUCUUUUCUUGAUCAAAACGCAUGGAGCUUCUACAGGCACCAACAAUUGCUGCAGCGGCAUACUUACGGUUAGCUGGCAGGCCACCAGUCCUUCCUUCCAGCAAUUUGUCUUAUUCAGAAACUUUCCUUUAUAUGUUGGAUUCAUUGUAAGUAUUUCCAACCAUAUCCUCUUCUUCAAUUCUCAACCGAUGAACCGUCUAUUUUGGUAUAUUUUAUGGGCCAUGUUAAUAGGAAUUAUAUGGUUUCUCUCCUCCUUAUUUUGGUUAUUUUGGAAAAUGGAUGUCAUAGGUUAUCAUGUAUUCUUAGAAUUUUCCAUUCGACUAACAUGACCAAGAACUAUAUAUGCAUUGAUAUUAGUCUUUGUUAAACGUUUCUACUUGGUCAAAUGAUUUUUUUACCGCAUGAACUACAGGGGCAACCGAGCAUAUAAACCCAAUCCCCGUCUUGCUCGUGUUCUAGAUGUACUUUUCAUACUGCAUGCAGAACAUGAAAUGAACUGCUCCACGUCUGCUGCUAGACAUCUUGCUUCCAGGUACGUACCACAACAAGCCUCUGGAAUGGAGUCAGGAAGAUUGAGCUGCAUCAUAAUUUUUUCUACCGUUCUGCAGUGGCGUGGAUGUUUACACUGCACUUGCUGGAGCUGUUGGAGCAUUGUAUGGGCCUCUUCAUGGUGGUGCGAAUGAGGUACAGUUUCUUUGUUCAGAUGCUUGUCUGAGCAGUUGUCAAAAUUAACCUGGAAACAUGUCACUUUAUUAAUCAAAAAGAAGUUGUACUUGUUUUGCCUGUAAUCUAUUACUUGUAUACAAUAAAAAAUGGACUCCAAAAGAUUAAAUCAUGUAUCUAGGUCUGGUAAUUGAAGCAAAGAAAGUUGUAAACAGAGAUGGGAUCAUUAGUAUUGUAAACGCUUGUUUAAAAUGGAAAGUACUUACCAGGAUGCUUUGUGAUAAUUGUGAACUGUUGUGUAGGGAAGAAAUGUCUGUGUUAGAACUGUGGUGUAUGGAAUAGCCUCUUAGGCUAUUCAAAUAUCCGCAUUAAGGAGAUUAGUAGCCACAAAUAAAAAUAAUCACGUAGAGAAGAGUCUGGUAUGAUUAAUCAUUUUUUGAGAUUUUGAAAAGGGGAAUAAUUUACGAGCAAUUAAGGGGGGAUAAGAAGAAUAUGAGUUUAGAAAUGUUGCAUAUUACAAUGGCAAGUGGGACACGACUGAGCCACAGUAGUGCACAUGAAGGAGCAACAAAAGAGAGAGCAACACUGAACCAAAUAAAGGGGACGGGAGGAAGAAAUGAGGAGAGGAAAAGAUAACUCUCUUUUUAGCUCAGAGGUUUAUCAUCUUUUCCACGUAUUGAGAAAUAUUUUCUGUAUGUCUCGAUUUUGUUAUUUAUCUUCCUUUGUUUUUUAAAUGUAAGAGUAUCGUUAUUUUUUCAAUCGGACAACUUUGAGUUAAGCCUAAAAGGUAAAAAUUGGGUAGACAGAAAAAUUGAUUGGGCUUUAUGUUAUUAGUUUCAAUCAAGUCCUUGAAAAUAAAUUAAAAAAAAACCUUAUAAUGAGACAUUGGCCGGUUUUAUUUUAUCAUUGCUUUAGGUGAGUUUGUUCUUUCUUUGUGUCGUAGGCUGUACUUAAAAUGCUGGAUGAGAUUGGCAAGGUUGAAAACAUUCCAGAGUUCAUUGAAGGUGUGAAAAACAGGUAUGCUUCGUUUCGUUUGUUUAAGUUAGAUGUAUCUUUGCUAAUGUAUUAUUUUCGGGAAAAGUUUCCAUUCAAUUCCUAAAAAUGUUCUUGCACAUAGGAAGCGCAAAAUGUCAGGAUUUGGACAUCGUGUUUACAAAAACUAUGAUCCCCGUGCAAAGGUCAUAAGGAAAUUGGCAGAGGAAGUCUUCUCAAUUGUUGGACGGGAUCCACUCAUUGAGGUUUACUUCUCUUCCAAAAAUAAUCUAAUACAACCAAAGAUUGCGUUCGCUGAUAUUCAUUUUAUAGACGACUUGCUUUUGUAUCGUGAUCUCCUGCAUCAAAGUUUAUAAUUUGCUGCUAUUCUGUCUCAAGUUAUACUCGUUAUUUUGCGACGGUAACUCCAUGAUUGCAAUCCAUUUUCUUAGAUGGAAAGGACGAUGACAGGCAUAUUUCAUCAGCUAACUAUGGGCAUGUGGUACUAUAUCUUAGUUACUUGUCUAAUCAACAAGAAUAACAUUUCCAGUAUUGUAUGUAUGUAGCCAAUUGAAGAAGAUCACCCAGGCUGGACACGAGCCAUCAAAUAUGUUCCAUAAGUAGGCCAAUGUCUUAUUUCCUAGAAACUUAAGAUGAAUUGUCGGAGUAACAAGCUUAUUCUAUCACUGUGUUGUAAACACUUUCUCACAGCAUGCACACCAUUAUUCCUUCCCCUUGUUGCUAUAUUUGCUCUGGUGUCAAAAUUACUAGCGUAUUUAUUCUCGGAUAUUGCUUAAGAUGGCAUUAUUCUUCCCAAUGUUGAGGAUUGGUUACUAUUUUCAUCUUAGAUAUGUAAGUGUGUAGAGUCUUAUCAACAUGCAUGUAGUAGGGGUCAACGAGCAGUACAAUAGAUUCCUAUCUCAUGUAGAUGCGACCCGGAUAAUUCCGUAUUAUUUCUCAGCUCGUGAUCAAUUGUGUUUAGGUGGCUGUCGCAUUGGAGAAAACCGCUUUAUCAGAUGAGUAUUUUAUCAAGAGGAAACUUUAUCCGAAUGUUGACUUCUACUCGGGCUUAAUCUACAGGUGAAUCAUGCUUGGAUCUUUCCUUCAGAUCGAUAUCCUUGUAUUAACGGUGUCCUCUUUAAUCAGGGCUAUGGGCUUUCCGACGGAGUUCUUCACGAUUUUGUUUGCGAUUCCUCGCAUGGCCGGGUACUUGGCACACUGGCGAGAGUCGCUGGAUGAUCCUGACACAAAAAUCAUGAGGCCCCAGCAGGUUACUUCUACUCAGAAAUCACGCACAUUGAGCAAUCUCUCUGAACAGAUUUUUCCGUCGAUUUAAUACUAUCUUUUACCUCGGCGGAUGAUCUUGAUGCCCCUAUAUUUCAUUACAAUCAUGGAUUUAAAACGAUCGAGUUCAUGGUUCCUCCGUUUUAGUGUCUUGGCCUCACUUGCUCUCAUUCAUCAGGUCUACACCGGUGUGUGGCUGCGGCAUUAUUUGCCGCCCAGGGAACGGCUGGUGGAGCCAGAUGCUGACAGGCUCGGCCAAGUGGCGGUCUCCAAUGCAACCAGGAGGCGGCUGGCGGGCUCAGCUCUAUGA